CACGUGAUAACCUCAGUCUUGUCUCGGUCUUUGAUUAUGAACUAACCAUGGCGAUAAACACGUUGUGCAAAAGCGUGAGAAAUUAUAAUUUUACUCGAAUUAUUUCAUGUAAUUUAAAUUUGACAACUUACAAAAAUAAAUUAAAUCAGCAGUCAUGUUUGCUGCCACGUGUAAUGUUAAGUGACAGUGAUAAUUUAAAUACUAAUUUUAAUUAUAAUAAAUGUUACUGUAACAUUAGCAUCGAUGACCCGGUCAAGACCAAGAAGAAAAAAGUUUUCGUACCCAGGAUCACUUUGCUCUCGGAAAAAGACGAGAUUUCGAUAGUGACGAUGGAGGCUGCUCAGAAACUGGCCAGCAGACACAACAUGAAGCUGGUUAAAAUUGUUGACUUGGAUACCAAAACUCAGAGACCUGUUUACAAGCUCAUGAAUAUUCAAGAGUACCUCAAGUCUGAGCUGAAGAGCAAAGCUGAUGCCAAAGAAGCCAAAGAAAAAGCUAUCAAGGAAGACAAAACCAUUGCGAUGUCAAGUAAAAUCGCAGAACAUGAUUUAUAUAUUAAAAUUAAAAGUAUGAUCAAGAUGCUGGGAAAAAGACAUGGGGUCCGGGUUGUCAUUGGUAUUGAUGGUAACAAAGAAAAAGCUGAAAGUGUAAGAAAUACAAUAAUAGACCAUUGCAAAGAACAUGCGAAAGCGCAGGCGAAAUCAGAAACUUCAUUAAAUCUUAAAGUAACCCUACGUCCAAUAAUAAACAAAUUGGACCAGGAACCAGAAGAAGAGUGUGUCGAUAAACUGGCUGGCAAUAAUAUGGGGUGAUUAAUUUUAAUAGUUUAUUAAAAGUUAGUAUUUAAAAUAA